AGCUCAUUUUGUUACAGAGGACAAAUUGGAUUUUUUUUUUUAAUACUGGUAAUAAAAAUUAAUGUGUGAUGUUGCUAUUUGAAUGUUACUGGAUCUCUGCCUUAAUACAGAUUUUGGCAAUAAAAGCACUAAGAGGUAACUUGACCAGAAAGCUACCUCCCUGCCCUUCAAACUGGCCUCAGAAGUUAAAGGCAUGCUCCAAAUUUCAUAAUUCUAGUACAUUCGUGUAUGGAUGUAGAUAUGGGUGGAAGUAGGGUUGAGGACUAUGGGAGAAGCAGCAGAAGUGGGGGAGUAAGAGUCCGUGUUUCAGCUUUCCAUUUCAUUGUGAUGUUUAUUUCUUUUAUUUCAGCACCUCCAAGGUUUACACGAACUCCCGUGGAUCAGACAGGGGUCUCUGGUGGAGUUGCCUCUUUCAUUUGCCAAGCUUCAGGAGACCCAAGACCGAAAAUCGUCUGGAACAAAAAGGGAAAGAAAGUCAGCAAUCAGAGAUUUGAGGUAAUAGAGUUUGAUGAUGGAUCGGGAUCAGUUCUCAGAAUACAACCCUUACGGACUCCUCGGGACGAGGCCAUUUAUGAAUGUGUGGCCUCGAAUAAUGUGGGAGAAAUAAGCGUAUCCACCAGACUCACAGUUUUACGUGAAGAUCAAAUUCCCAGGGGCUUCCCUACCAUUGACAUGGGCCCACAGUUGAAGGUGGUGGAGCGUACGCGCACUGCCACCAUGCUUUGUGCAGCCAGUGGGAAUCCAGAUCCAGAAAUCACUUGGUUCAAAGAUUUCUUACCUGUCGACACAAGCAACAAUAAUGGCCGUAUUAAGCAGUUACGAUCAGAAUCUAUUGGUGGUACACCAAUAAGAGGCGCCCUUCAGAUCGAACAGAGCGAAGAAUCCGACCAAGGAAAAUAUGAAUGUGUUGCCACCAACAGCGCGGGCACUCGCUAUUCUGCCCCUGCCAAUUUAUAUGUCAGAGAGCUGCGAGAAGUUCGCCGAGUCCCACCAAGAUUCUCUAUCCCACCCACCAAUCAUGAAAUCAUGCCAGGUGGAAGCGUUAAUAUCACCUGUGUGGCCGUGGGGUCACCAAUGCCUUAUGUGAAGUGGAUGUUGGGGGCAGAGGAUCUGACACCUGAAGAUGAUAUGCCAAUAGGAAGAAAUGUCCUAGAACUGAAUGAUGUAAGACAGUCAGCAAAUUACACUUGUGUCGCUAUGUCGACACUGGGUGUCAUUGAAGCAAUAGCACAGAUCACUGUCAAAGCCUUACCCAAACCUCCAGGAACUCCUGUAGUGACUGAGAGCACAGCUACAAGCAUCACACUGACGUGGGACUCUGGGAACCCUGAGCCCGUCUCUUACUACAUCAUUCAGCAUAAACCUAAAAAUUCUGAGGAACCUUACAAAGAAAUCGAUGGGGUGGCAACCACACGCUACAGUGUUGCCGGACUAAGCCCCUACUCAGAUUAUGAAUUCAGGGUUGUUGCUGUCAAUAACAUUGGGCGGGGGCCCCCCAGUGAGCCCGUGCUCACACAGACCUCAGAACAAGCGCCAUCCAGUGCCCCCCGGGAUGUCCAGGCUCGGAUGUUGAGUUCGACCACCAUUUUGGUGCAGUGGAAGGAACCUGAAGAGCCAAAUGGCCAGAUUCAAGGAUAUAGAGUCUAUUAUACCAUGGACCCCACCCAGCACGUCAACAACUGGAUGAAACACAAUGUAGCUGACAGCCAAAUCACUACUAUUGGCAACUUGGUGCCCCAGAAAACAUACUCUGUCAAAGUCCUGGCUUUUACCUCAAUUGGGGAUGGUCCUCUUUCAAGUGACAUACAGGUCAUCACUCAGACAGGAGUACCGGGGCAGCCACUGAACUUCAAAGCAGAACCUGAGUCUGAAACAAGCAUUUUGCUUUCUUGGACACCUCCACGUUCAGACACCAUUGCCAACUAUGAGUUGGUAUACAAAGAUGGGGAGCAUGGAGACGAGCAGCGAAUUACCAUUGAACCAGGGACAUCUUAUCGGCUACAAGGGCUGAAACCAAACAGCUUGUACUACUUCCGUCUGGCUGCACGCUCUCCUCAAGGACUGGGUGCUUCUACGGCUGAAAUAUCUGCUAGAACCAUGCAGUCAAAGCCGUCAGCUCCUCCUCAAGAUGUUAGUUGCUCCAGCCCAAGUUCCACUAGCAUUUUGGUAAGUUGGCAGCCUCCACCCGUGGAAAAACAGAAUGGCAUUAUCACGGAAUACUCCAUCAAGUAUACCGCAGUGGACGGGGAAGAUGACAAGCCUCACGAGAUUUUGGGAAUCCCUUCGGACACUACCCAAUACCUUUUGGAACAGCUGGAAAAAUGGACUGAAUACCGGAUUACUGUGACGGCCCACACAGAUGUUGGCCCUGGCCCCGAGAGCUUGUCCGUGUUGAUUCGAACCGAUGAAGAUGUUCCUAGUGGUCCUCCUCGCAAAGUCGAGGUAGAGGCUGUCAACUCAACAUCUGUUAAAGUCUCAUGGCGCUCACCUGUGCCCAAUAAGCAGCAUGGCCAGAUAAGAGGAUACCAGGUGCAUUAUGUGAGGAUGGAAAAUGGUGAGCCCAAGGGCCAGCCCAUGCUGAAGGAUGUCAUGCUGGCGGAUGCCCAGUGGGAAUUUGAUGAUACUACUGAACAUGACAUGAUCAUCUCUGGGCUACAACCUGAAACGUCCUACUCCCUCACCGUCACAGCCUACACCACCAAAGGAGAUGGGGCUCGCAGCAAGCCCAAACUGGUGUCCACCACUGGGGCAGUUCCAGGGAAACCCCGGCUCGUGAUCAACCACACUCAGAUGAAUACUGCCCUCAUUCAGUGGCACCCACCUGUGGACACAUUUGGACCCCUUCAGGGCUACCGGCUUAAAUUUGGCCGCAAGGAUAUAGAGCCACUCACGACUCUUGAGUUCUCUGAGAAGGAAGAUCAUUUUACAGCUACAGACAUCCACAAGGGAGCAUCAUACAUCUUCAGGCUCUCAGCCAGAAACAAAGUGGGCUUUGGGGAGGAGAUGGUGAAGGAGAUUUCGGUUCCAGAAGAAGUCCCAGCUGGAUUCCCUCAAAACCUCCACUCAGAUGGCACCACUUCAACCUCCGUCCAGUUAUCUUGGCAGCCACCUGUCCUGGCAGAGAGAAAUGGCAUUAUCACCAAGUAUACACUUCUCUAUAGGGAUAUCAACAUCCCACUUCUUCCAAUGGAGCAGCUUAUUAUUCCAGCUGACACCACUAUGACACUCAGUGGCUUAAAACCAGAUACCACAUACGAUGUAAAAGUACGUGCUCACACGAGCAAAGGGCCCGGGCCAUAUAGUCCCAGUGUCCAGUUCAGGACACUGCCUGUGGAUCAAGCAGUGUUUGCAAAAAAUUUUCAUGUCAAAGCAGUAAUGAAGACUUCAGUGUUGCUGUCUUGGGAGAUUCCAGAGAAUUAUAAUUCUGCCAUGCCUUUCAAAAUUCUCUACGAUGAUGGGAAAAUGGUAGAAGAGGUGGAUGGCCGAGCCACACAGAAGUUAAUUGUCAACCUGAAGCCUGAGAAAUCGUAUUCGUUCGUGCUAACAAAUCGUGGGAACAGCGCUGGUGGGCUUCAGCACAGGGUCACUGCAAAGACCGCCCCAGAUGUACUACGUACCAAGCCUGCCUUCAUUGGGAAGACCAACUUGGAUGGCAUGAUUACUGUGCAACUGCCCGAAGUACCUGCAAACGAGAACAUAAAAGGUUACUACAUAAUAAUUGUGCCUUUGAAGAAAUCUCGUGGAAAAUUUAUCAAGCCCUGGGAGAGUCCAGAUGAAAUGGAAUUAGAUGAGCUGCUUAAGGAGAUAUCUAGGAAACGCAGAAGCAUCCGUUAUGGGAGAGAAGUUGAAUUAAAGCCAUAUAUUGCCGCCCACUUUGACGUCCUUCCCACUGAGUUCACCCUGGGGGAUGACAAACAUUAUGGUGGAUUUACAAACAAGCAACUCCAAAGUGGUCAAGAGUAUGUCUUCUUUGUGUUAGCCGUGAUGGAGCACACAGAGUCUAAUAUGUAUGCGACCAGCCCCUACUCUGACCCCGUAGUGUCCAUGGAUCUGGAUCCACAGCCAAUCACGGAUGAAGAAGAAGGCUUGAUCUGGGUUGUAGGUCCUGUCCUUGCAGUGGUCUUUAUCAUCUGCAUUGUCAUAGCUAUUCUUCUUUAUAAAAGCAGUAAACCUGACAGGAAGAGGGCAGAGUCUGACUCUAGAAAGAGCAGCAUACCAAACAGUAAGGAGGUCCCUUCACACCACCCAACAGACCCUGUGGAACUGAGGCGCCUUAAUUUCCAAACACCAGGUUCAGAUGAUUCCGGUUACCGUGGUAACCUUCAUUCUUCAAGUAUGGCUAGCCACCCUCCAAUACCUGUCUUGGAACUUGCAGAUCACAUUGAAAGGUUGAAAGCGAAUGACAACUUGAAGUUUUCCCAGGAAUAUGAGUCAAUUGACCCUGGCCAGCAGUUCACUUGGGAACAUUCAAACUUGGAAGUAAACAAACCAAAGAAUAGAUAUGCAAAUGUAAUCGCAUAUGAUCAUUCCCGGGUUCUCCUAUCAGCAAUAGAAGGCAUCCCGGGAAGUGACUAUGUGAAUGCCAACUACAUAGAUGGCUACAGGAAACAAAAUGCCUAUAUUGCAACACAGGGUUCACUCCCCGAAACAUUUGGGGACUUUUGGAGAAUGAUGUGGGAGCAACGGAGUGCCACAGUUGUCAUGAUGACGAAACUAGAAGAACGAUCCAGGGUGAAGUGUGACCAGUAUUGGCCCAGCCGAGGCACAGAAACCCACGGGCUGGUCCAAGUGACACUGCUUGAUACGGUGGAGCUGGCCACAUACUGUGUUCGAACAUUUGCACUUUACAAGAAUGGUUCAAGCGAGAAGAGAGAAGUGAGACAAUUCCAGUUCACCGCCUGGCCUGAUCACGGCGUUCCAGAACACCCAACACCUUUCCUAGCUUUCUUACGGAGAGUCAAAACCUGUAACCCUCCCGAUGCGGGUCCAAUGGUUGUGCACUGCAGUGCGGGAGUUGGCCGGACCGGUUGUUUCAUCGUAAUAGAUGCCAUGCUAGAAAGAAUAAAACAUGAAAAAACUGUAGAUAUUUAUGGCCAUGUAACUUUAAUGAGAGCCCAGAGGAAUUACAUGGUUCAAACAGAAGACCAGUAUAUCUUUAUCCACGAUGCGCUGUUAGAAGCAGUGACUUGUGGAAAUACCGAAGUGCCAGCAAGAAACUUGUAUGCCUACAUUCAGAAGCUGACACAAAUAGAAACAGGAGAGAAUGUCACAGGAAUGGAGCUUGAAUUUAAGCGUCUAGCCAGCUCUAAAGCUCACACCUCAAGAUUCAUCAGUGCCAAUCUUCCAUGUAAUAAAUUCAAAAAUCGCCUUGUUAAUAUUAUGCCAUAUGAAUCCACAAGGGUAUGCCUGCAGCCUAUCCGAGGAGUAGAAGGAUCCGAUUACAUCAAUGCCAGCUUUAUUGAUGGAUACAGACAACAGAAAGCCUACAUCGCUACCCAGGGGCCCUUGGCAGAGACCACAGAAGACUUCUGGCGCAUGCUCUGGGAACACAAUUCCACCAUUGUUGUAAUGCUCACCAAGCUUCGCGAGAUGGGCAGAGAAAAAUGUCACCAGUACUGGCCAGCAGAACGGUCCGCAAGAUACCAGUACUUUGUUGUAGACCCCAUGGCUGAGUACAACAUGCCACAGUAUAUCCUAAGGGAAUUCAAGGUCACAGAUGCCAGGGACGGCCAGUCCCGAACAGUAAGGCAGUUCCAGUUCACUGAUUGGCCAGAGCAAGGAGUGCCAAAGUCUGGAGAAGGGUUUAUUGACUUCAUCGGCCAAGUCCAUAAAACAAAGGAGCAGUUUGGCCAAGAUGGACCCAUUUCAGUCCAUUGCAGCGCGGGUGUUGGAAGAACUGGAGUCUUCAUAACAUUAAGCAUUGUUUUGGAAAGAAUGAGAUACGAAGGCGUUGUAGAUAUCUUCCAGACCGUCAAAAUGUUAAGAACUCAACGACCAGCCAUGGUACAGACGGAGGAUCAGUAUCAGUUCUGCUACCGAGCCGCACUGGAGUACCUGGGCAGCUUUGAUCACUAUGCAACGUAG